AUGUUGGCUAAAAUAUCAAAUUAUUCACUCUUAUAUACACAUAUCGAUGGUGAUGAACAAAGAAAUCUGUCUAAAUCAAAUGAAGAAAGGUGGAAUAACAAAUCACAUCCAACACUAUGGAAAACCAUUAAUGAUAAGAUUAAAGAUUUAAAAGAAUGUGAAAAUUCUUUAGCCAUUGAUGGAUUCCAUCAUACAUUAUUAUCACAUCCGCCAACUGAUCAUCCUACUUCUGUAUGA